AUGUGUAUUUGGGCAGAACUGUGCAGCGCUCCUGUGUAUGCUUUAUGGGUGGAGACUAAAGCGCGGAAAAAUAUAAGAGACAUGAGUGAGGCAGAGGAGGUGCCUGAGGACGUGCCUGCAUACCUCACAGAUGAACCAGCACCAACAGAUCCAAACAAGGACCACCCACAGCCUCAGCCAGGCCUGUUUGGCAGGUUGGCAGGAGGGCUCUACGGCGUCACCAAAGGCGCAGUCGGAGCCACGGUGGGGGGCGUGGCCUGGGUGGGAGGGAAGAGUUUUGAUCUGACCAAGACCGCCGUGACCUCGGUGGCUUCGGUGCCAGCUAUGGGCGUCGGCCUGGUCAAAGGUGGAGUGAGUGCUGUAGCAGGAGGAGUGACCGCCGUGGGCUCUGCGAUGGUCAGCAAAGUUCCCAUCGUAGGAGGAGGCAAAAAGAAGGACAAGUCUGACUGA